CGAGGCCGAGGGCCCACGAUGGGGUCGGAGCCGGACGACGACGACGCGCGGUCCUUCGGAUCCGAGCCCGACUUCGCCGCCAUGUCCUCCCUUCGCAUCUCGAGCGGCACCGACGCCGGCCCGUCACCGAACGGGGGACACGUCUUCGACGAGCUCCUCGACGAUCCCCCCCGGCCCUUCGACCACGACCUUCGCGAGGCGGAGGCGACGUCGCUGCAGGCGCUGCUGGACAGGUUCGAGGAGCUCCUGCGCCGCGACGGUGGGGAGGGCGACGAAGAUGACGACGGCGGUGAGAGACGGCGAGAGGAGACGGAGCGGGACCCAUCGCGCCGGCCCCGGCGGGUUCGCUCGGACCGGCAGAACGACAUGGUGCCCGUCGCGGAGCUCGCGCGAACAUGGCGCCGCGUCGGGUUCGUACCCGCGCCGGGUUCGCGCCGGCGAGCGUCGACGACGCCGUCGAUCGGUGUCCAGUGGGUGCCCGCACCGCCCGAAACCCGCGCGGGACAACCCCGGCGCCGCGAUCCCCACGCCGCCGCCGCCGACGACGACGACGACGACGACGACGAACCCGCCUCGUCGUCGUCGCCGUGGAUCGAGGCCAUGCGCGGCGCCGCGGGGGAGUGGUGGUGCGACGCGGAGAAGGCGCCGGGGUUCUUCACGGUCACCGGACGCGGGUACGGCGAGACGCGGAUAGAUGCGCGCGGUCGAGGACGUUCGACGAACGACGACGAGGGCGGCGAGGAGGACGGGGACGCGUCCGGCGAGGAUGAGACUGAUGAGACGAUCGAGGACACCUUCGCGGUGGCGCACAGCUGUGUAGCGACGGACGAGGACGACGAAUCCGACGCGAGACGAUGGCGCCUCGGCGUGCCGUGCCUGGACCCGGAGACUGUCAUCGCCCUCGACCUCGCGUUCGCGCGGGGCGAGGUACGCGCCGGGGAGGUGGAACCCCCGCCCGUGUGGGUCGCCGGCGCCGUCGGUUCGGGCGGCGAUGACGACGAUGAUCUCGAACUGAGCGCGCUGUGGGGAACGGCGCCGGGACGAGGCGGGUGGAGCGAGGGAUCGGAGUGGAGCGAGGCUGGCUCCGAGGAGCGCGAGGCGUACGAGCUGCGCGAGGGUGCGUCGGAUCUCGAACGGACGCCGUGACGGAUGAGAGGGUCGAGGGUCGUCGGUUAACACUUAGGCUCAUCAAAGACUACUAGCUCAAAGACU